AACAAGUCGCCGACAUAUUGGAUUUUGACAGUCCAUAAACAGAACGGAAUCGUAACUACAGACCGUAUUACAAAAGAUGUAAAUAUGCCUGUGUGCAGUGUUAAGGGAUGUAAAAAUAGGUACGAGAAUGUGAAAGAAAAGAAAAUACGUUUCUUUUCUUUCCCGAAAGACGAAGACACUGCAGCAAAGUGGAUAAAAGCAUGUGGUAAAAGUGUUAACCUCAAAAAUGCUCGAGUAUGUUCCAUACAUUUUGCACUAAAUUGUUAUAAGGAAAUCCCAGAACAUUUAAAAUGCUUAGGUGAUAAUUAUGCAAAGGGGAUACGUACACUUUUACCAAAUGCAGUACCGACAGAAAAUUUGAUUUUUGAGGAAGCAAAAGGUGUCUUGAGAGAAGUAAACGUGUAUAAAAAAAAUGCAGAAAUAAUAGCUAAAACAAUAGUUAAUUCAAAUAUGAGCAGAGACAAUGCUGAAAAUAUAAAUACAGAAAAUGUAUGCACACACAUUGAGGUUUCAAAUGACCAAAAUUGCAAAAGCAUGAAUAUUUCCACAUCAGUCAAUAACAUAAUCAAUGAAAAUGUCAGUGUUUCAGAUAAAAAUGAAGUAACAAAGGAUUGCGAAAACUUGUUUGUCAGUGUUUCUGAUAGUAAUAAAAUUACUUUAAGUAAUGUAGAACAUUCAUUUAACAUGGCUGGAUGUAGUGAAAGUCAAUCGAUUGUACAAGAUCAUCAUGAAACUGUCAGGUGUCAAGAAAAACUGAAAGAUGAAGAAUUGGCAAAAAAGAAUAAGGAAAUUAAUGCACUUAAAAUAAAAUUAAAGCGUCUUGAAAAGCGAACAAAUAUUACUAUUAAAAAGAAAGUUAACGAAGUUCUUAAAAACGUUUUUACACCAAAGCAAAUUGAAAGAAUUAUGUACCCAAAUAAAAAGCGAGUUAAAUGGAAUAUAGAAGACAUUUCCUCUGCAAUAUCGUUACGGAGUGUCAGUCCAAAAGCGUAUAGAUAUUUAAGGAAAAAUAAAUACCCACUUCCUGGACUAUCUACUUUGCGAAAAUGGGCAACUCGCUUAAAUCUAGAUGAAGGUAUUUUGAAAGAUGUAAUAAGUGUUAUAAAAGAGAAAGGAAAAUCUAUGUCUGCUUCUCAAAAAAUAGUCGUUCUUAGUUUCGAUGAGAUUUAUACAUCGCAAAAAGUAGAGAUUGAAAAAAAAAACGAGCGAGUCGUUGGGCCACACAAGACCUGCCAAGUGGGGAUGGCUAGAGGUUUAUUCGGCAAAUGGAAGCAAGUAAUUUAUUACAAAGCAGAUCAACCUUUAACGCUGGACAUUGUAAAAGAUGUUAUUUCGAAUUUGUACGAUGUUGGUUUCACUGUAGUAGCAGUUACCACUGAUUUGGGAUCUUCAAAUACCAAAGUUUGGACACAACUAAAUAUCGGCAUAAAUGACUCACAAAACUGUUUCUUUUUGCAUCCAAAAGAUCAAAAUCUUAAAGUUUUUGUAUUUGCCGAUGUCCCUCCAUCUACUGAAGCUUGUGAGGAAUCAUUUUUUAGAUAAUGGUUUUAUUAUAAACGAAA